CAUGUCCUCGCCGAAGCGAAGCGGUUCACCUUCCCCGUCGUCGUCAGACCCAAAACGUAUUCGACUGACCGUCCCACAACAUAACCAGGGCGCGACCCCGGUUGAUCCUGAAAACGCAUCAGGGAAACGGAGCGAACUCGAACCGGUCCAAGGCGGAGACAUUGCCAACUUGCCGCCGAUAGACACUCCAACAGCACCCUCCGACUCUGCGCCAGGCUCGGCAGUGCCGCCAACUAUUCGCCAAUUAAAGGCCGAUGAUGGUGAGGACGGCGGGGACGUGUCGAUGGCAGAAGGAGGAGAUGCCGCCGAAGAGGACGCUGAAUCUGGUGACGAGAAUGACGAGGAGGACCCCGCACAACUGGAGGCGACAAGAGUUAAGCUGGAAGAACAAGCACGAAAGUAUCUCGCAGCUCAGACUCAUGAAGUCAUUAUACCCUCUUACGCUGCAUGGUUCGAUAUGUCAAAGAUCCAUCCCGUCGAGCGACGCGCUCUCCCUGAGUUCUUCAACUCGCGAAAUCGGUCUAAAACUCCUGCCAUAUAUAAAGAUUACCGCGACUUCAUGAUCAACACGUAUAGGUUACGGCCGACCGAGUACCUAACCGUUACGGCCUGCCGCAGGAAUUUGGCAGGAGACGUCUGCGCUAUCAUGCGCGUUCACGCCUUCCUUGAGCAGUGGGGACUCAUAAAUUAUCAGAUUGAUCCUGAGCAACGACCGGCUGCUUUGGCCCCACCAUUCACAGGUCACUUCCGAGUGAUCCUUGAUACUCCUCGCGGUCUGCAAUCUCUUCACCCUGGUACAAGACCUGCCAACCACCCGAACCAGCCUGGAGUUAACGGAGAAUCUAAACCUCAGCCGCCCAGUACUCCUGCUUCGCUCGAAUUGCGCUCCUCUAUCUACCAAACCACUGCGAAAGCCUCUCGACAAGUCAGCCCUGAGGAGGCCAAGGCUCUCACGAAUGGCGCAGCUAGCGGAUCCACCCUUCAUGCCGAUAAGCAUCAGUGCGACACUUGUGGGGUCGAUUGCACUCCUCUGCGCUACCACUCGUUGAAGGUCAAGAACUUCGAGCUGUGUCCACCCUGCUACCUCGAUGGCCGCUUUCCUUCUUCGAUGUUUAGUGGCGACUUCGUCAAGUUGACGCAGGCCCAGGGUGCCAACGGUAUACACCAUGGGUCUAGUACCGAUGCGGACGACGACUGGUCGGAUCAAGAAGUUUUGCGCUUGUUGGAAGGUGUCGAGAUGUACGACGACGACUGGUCGGAGAUCGAGCGCCACGUUGGAUCCCGCUCCGCGCAACAGUGUAUCCGGAAGUUCCUCCAGCUUCCUAUCGAGGAUGCGUAUAUCGCAGCGGAGGGCAACAUGGGUCCUCUGAGGUAUUCCAAGGUACCGUUCGAGCAGGCAGAUAACCCUGUCAUGAGCGUGGUGGCGUUCCUCGCUGGUGUAGUGGGGCCUGGCGUUGCUGCUGAGGCCGCAAAGUCGGCGCUGCAGGAGCUUACCGACGGCGACAAGAAGGAGAACACGGAGGAGGCCGCGGUUGGUGAGGGGAAGGCAGAAGAAACCAAAGAAGGUGAGGGCGCGGCGGAGCCGGAGGAAGAGGCGGAGAAAUCAGAUGACAAGAUGCAAGAGGAUGCUCCGAAAGAGGGUGAUGCCGCAACUGCCUCAGCUACUUCGCCUCAUGCAGCUACCGGUGAAGAGAUGACCGUCGACGGCGAGGUCUCUUCUGAGGCCACCAAACCAACUCGAAGUAUCCCUCACUCCAAGGUCGUCCGCGCCGCGAACCUUGCCCUCAAGUCCUCGGCGAAGGCGGCUCGUGAGCUCGCCGAAGCCGAGGAUCAACAUAUCCGUUCGACACUUGCAGCCGUCAUCAAGCUCACGCUCACAAAGCUCGAGCUGAAGAUGUCCCAGUUCGAAGAGCUGGAGGAACUACUGGAGGAGGAACGCAAAGGUCUCGAGAGCGCGCGGAUGUCACUCGUCAACGAACGACUAGGUUUGCGGAAGAUGUUGGAAACGGUAAAAGGCGAGCUGGCGAAGAACCAGGCUGGUAUCAGCACGCCAGGUGUACUGGCAGAGGCCGCUAGCCAAGCUCAAGAAGCCCUCGCCACUAGUGGCAUUCGGGUGUCAGAGGUCCAUGGUGUGAUAAUUGAGGGAGAGAACGGUCCCACUGAGACACCGAACAUUGCAAACCUCGGUUGAUUCGCCAACUUGGUGGACGCAGAUUGUUUUUCUUACCACUUUCUGUUAUGUUAUAGCUAUAGUCUGCCGCGUUCUUACGGCGAUGUAUUUUCCGACCGAGAUAAUCGAAUUUCGCG